UAUAUUGUUAAUUUGGCACUCAAGAAAUAUGGAUGUCAACAAAAAGUAUAACCAAAACGUGCUGAAAGCGAUUGCCAAUCUGCAGGAACGACAAUCCCUCCUCAUUCCUGUGCAGACUAUCAUUCAGCAGGUCAUUUUUCAGAUGCGCCGUAAAAUAAUGCUAGAGCCAGUCAUAAGCAAAAUUUUAAAGUCGUUGAAAAGUUUGACUGAAAUCGGCAUCUUGACACGCAGUCGCAGCUCUGAGUACGGGUUCCACAAGUUUCCCAUUGCGAGCACGAUUAAUAAGAGUACUAAACGUAGGCUCACCAACCAUUUGGCAAAAAGAAAACAACCCAUUUCAUCGUGCAGCUCAUUUGGAUCUAAACGUUCCCAAUAUGAUGAUAUUCUCCCGGUCAUUCCGACAUUUUUCGCAACCUUCUCGGAUCAGGUUUCGGAACAAUCCCCCGAGCUGACUUUUGAGGAUUCUGCAGGAGCUGUUGAACUAAAUACUACUCUGAUGAAUAGUGUGGAGGUGGAACCGAAGAAUAAUCCUAUUUUGGAUGAAUAACUGAUGGAUGAUGAACCGCUCGCCUUAGAGGACUAUGAUUUUCAUGGUCCCAUUCCUCUAAUUGGCCGCUAAUUGCCACACAAGUUUGGAAAACUGCAAUUUGAUUAAAAAGUUUUAGCAUUAAUUUAAUUCCAAUUUAAUUUACAAUU